CUGCUGGGAUCACUAAGAGCACUCUUGUCGCAGCUGACUCCUCCAGCACCAGAAAAGGUAAAACAUCACAAUGAAGGUGGCAGUUCUGUGUUUAUGCCUUAUCAGCAUCACCGCUGCAUGGCCAGUGAAUAAAUCCAAGCAGCAUGCCAUUUCUGCCAGCUCCGAAGAAAAAUACGACCCCAGGGGCCAUCACUCACACAGAUAUCACCACCAUCACGUGAAAUCUCAGUCUUGGGAGAGUCUGCAGCACCCACAGAAUGACCUGGCAUCACCUCAGCAGACUCUUUACUCUUCAGAAGAAAGCAUGGAUGUCCCAGUACAACCGCACUUUCCUGAUGUGUCAAGCAAGAGCCAUGAAGAUGUGGAUGAUGACGACGACGAUGAUAAUGAUUCCAAUGACACGGAUGAAUCCGAUGAGGUUGUCACAAGUUUUCCCACAGACAUUCCAGUAACUGUACCCUUCCCUACUUUCCCUUUCACCCGGGGAGACAACGCCGGCAGAGGCGACAGUGUGGCCUACAGGGUGAGAGCAAAAGCCACAGUGGUGAAGUCUAGCAAACUCCGCAAAGCUCCAAAAAAGCUCAUUGUGUAUGAUGCCACCGAGGAGGAUGAGAGUGCCCUGGAUGCAGACAGCCAGCAACUGAGGCCCUCCCGGGAGGAUCCUGCUGCCCGCCACUCCCUGGGGAAGCAUGCCAUCAGUGGGGAAUGGGCUGACAAGAGCCACAGGCAGGACAGCAGUGAGCUGGACAGCAAGCAGCGUGACCGGAGCAUGGAAAAUGACAGCCGGCAGAAAUUUGAUAGCCAUGAGGUGGAAGGAGAUGAUAGCAAGGCUGGUGUCAGAGGGGAUAGCCACCAGAGCAUGGAAAGCAGGGAGAGCCAGGUCCACGUUUCAGCUGAGAUCCCCGACGAUAAGAGCAAUCAAACGUUGGAGAGUGCCGAGGAUGCUCAAGAUCAUCACAGCAUUGAAAAUAACGAAGUCACCCUUUAAAGGGAGACAAACGUAACAUUGCCCUUCUUUUUCAAUUCCUACCUAAGGGGAGGGAGGAGUAGUGUCAUUUCGGGUAACUGUUUGUAAAUGUAGAGCGCAUGGUGACUUUUCAGGUUUGGGGCAUCUUCUUUACCCAGUGGCCUCCCCUCGGCCGCCAGCAGUGCCAGCCCUUCGCACUGCACGUCGCGCCGGCCUCGCAGGAUGCAGUCAGCAGAGGCACGGGGAAGCGAGAUGAAUGCUGUUGGACGUACCGAGUGAGCGUUACCUCUCUGCCAUGCUGCUCUCCGUACUGCCAGCCUGUAUUUUGCUGUAACUGGAUUUAAAUAAAAACACA